AUGCAGUUCUUGGGUCCCCAACUUCCAUCGUGUCAAUCCUUUGGCAUUACCGUUGAACCAGUGAAUGCGACUAACAUCACACAUGGUAUUCCUCCGUUUUAUAUGGUCGCUUGGGAAAUCGGCGGUACGCCAAGAACGACGCUACUAGGGCUGAACGAGACUAGUCUAAGUUGGACAGUGGAUCAUCCAGUGGGUGCCUCAUUAAUGCUCAACGUCGUAGACUCUCAGGGUAAUGGCGGAGGCGUCCCCCCACAGGCUUACACGGUUCAAUCUGGGCAAAGCACAGAGUGUAUCGUGAAUUCCAACCAAAGCGACUUCACUGUCUCCGCCAAUAUUACUGGCACCGUAAACACCUGCCAACCAUAUGGUCUAAGAAUACAUGGCGGAGUUCCUCCUUACAAUCUUUCUCUUGCCCAGUUCAAUUCUCCGGUGGUCACUAAUGUAACAAUACCAAGCCCGAAUGAUGCAUUCACCUACAUCAAUAGAGCUACGCCGGGUUAUCUUCUUCUAGCUGCUGUGAGCGAUGUAACGGGCCGCUAUGCAUUUGGCACUCCUACCAUCAUGCCUAGAGGAUCGGAAGAUGUCUCUUGUGUUGGCCUGAAUAGUUCACCUGGAAAUACGGUGUUGUUAAAUGAGGAGCAGGAUGCUCAAGCCGGCGCUGUCGCAAAAGCGAAACGCAGACAGAUUGCAACUCUUGCUGGAAUCCUCAUUCCCCUCUCGAUUCUGAUAUUCGGUGGCGCGUUCAUUGCCUAUCGAUAUUACAUUAAACAACAGAGGUCGAAAAAAGAAUUGGCACCGGAACCACUCGUUCUGCCUGAACCUAAAGUUGUGGAGGAGGCUGGCGCUGGGGUGCUCGUUGGAAGCAGUGCUGUCCUGGAAAAUCAAAUGUUAUCUAUUUCUCCAGCAGCUGAUCCUUCUCUAAACCCUUUCCUCACAGAGGCUGAGCGCACACGUGUGGCACUGAGUGAUACGAGUGACUUAGCCUCUUCUACUAGCCGGCGAGGAUUCGUCAACUUCCCAACUUCAUCUAUUCGUCACUCGAACAAAAAGGCUAUCGAAGCUGGGCGUACGUCUUCCAAUUUGGUCAGCGCCGAUUUGACAGAAUCCACGCCUACGCCUCACAAUCGAUUCGCCUUUGAACGUAGCCUAUCUGCACAACCAAGGGGAGCACCGCCGCCGUCUGUGCCGACGCGUUCUGCGUCCUUCCCUUCUCCUAUGAUUACACCGCCCGCAGGUGAUCCAGAGUAUCUUUUCCAGCACCAAGAUGGCGGACGUUUUGUUCGUGAGCUUCCCCCACCUUAUGAACGCCGUUCUCGGCAGAUUCCAGACGUUCCCCAGUCUCCUUGA